AUGGGUUCCUGCAAGCCGGGGUCCUGGGGCAGCUUCUGGGCCAUCCUGACCUUGGUAGGCCUGGUCACUAGGGCAGCCCAGAGAUCCGACGUCGGCGGGGAGGCAGCGGGCACCUCCAUCAACCACUCGCAGGUGCUCCUCCAACGCCUGCAGGAACUGCUACGGCAUGGCAACGCCAGCGAUGUGGUGCUGCGGGUGCAGGCGGCUGGGAGCGAUGAGGUCCGUGUCUUCCACACCCACCGCCUGCUGCUGGGGCUGCACAGCGAGUUCUUCCGGGGGCUGCUGAGUAACCAGAGCGAGGUGGAGCUGCAGGAGAGCCGUGAAUGUGCCGCUGUCUUCGACAAGUUCAUCAGGUACCUCUACUGCGGAGAGCUGACCUUGCUUCUGUCCCAAGCCAUUCCCCUGCACCGGCUGGCCACCAAGUACGGUGUGGCCACCCUGCAGCGGGGCGUGGCCGACUACAUGCGCGCGCACCUGGCGGGUGGCGUGGGCCCGGCCGUGGGCUGGUACCACUACGCGGUGAGCACCGGGGACGAAGCCCUGCGCCAGAGCUGCUUGCAGUUUCUGGCGUGGAACCUGUCGGCCGUGGUGGCGAGCACUGAGUGGGGCGCCGUGAGUCCCGAGCUGCUGGCGCAAUUGCUGCAACGCUCGGACCUGGUGCUCCAGGACGAGCUGGAGCUAUUCCACGCGCUGGAGGCAUGGCUGGGCAGAGCGCGGCCGCCCCAGGCCGUGGCUGAGCGGGCGCUGCGCGCCAUCCGCUACCCAAUGAUCCCGCCCGCGCAGCUCUUCCAGUUGCAGACACGCUCGCCAGCGCUGGCGCGACACGGCCCCGCAGUGGCCGACCUGCUGCUACAGGCCUAUCAGUUCCACGCCGCCUCACCGCUGCACUACGCCAAAUUCUUCGACGUCAACGGCAGCGCCUUCCUACCGCGUAACUACCUCGCGCCCGCCUGGGGCGCCCCGUGGGUCAUCAACAACCCAGCCCGCGACGACCGCAGCACCAGCUUCCAGACACAGCUGGGCCCCAGUGGUCACGAUGCUGGCCGCCGCGUCACGUGGAACGUGCUCUUCUCCCCGCGCUGGUUGCCCGUCAGCCUGCGGCCCGUCUACGCCGACGCCGCGGGCACGGCGCUGCCCGCUGCACGCCCGGAGGAUGGCCGGCCGCGCCUCGUGGUCACGCCAGCCAGCAGCGGCGGGGACGCAGCUGGGGUGAGCUUCCAGAAGACUGUGCUGGUGGGGGCGCGCCAGCACGGCCGUCUGCUGGUGCGUCACUCCUACAGCUUCCACCAGAGCAGCGAGGAGUCCGGGGACUUCCUGGCGCACGCCGACCUGCAGCGGCGCAACUCCGAGUUCCUGGUGGAGAACGCGCUGCACCUGCACCUCAUUGUCAAGCCGGUCUAUCACACACUCAUCCGGACCCCCAAGUAG